UAACAAUGGAUGUUGAAAUUAUGAAUGAAAUCUUGACUCUAACAGUCAGCAAGCUCUUUGUGAGACCUUCUGAGAAAUCAUCCUCAGCAAUGAAGGAUGCAACCAUUGCUGAGAAAGCCAACGCCACUUCUGGAAGUGAGAUGAUUGCAGAAAUGAAGUCCAAAUUCACACAAGAAAAUGUUGAUAAGAAAAUCGAAGAUGACUAUAAGCCUGGAUGUAUGGACCUUGAGAGAUGGAUCAGCAUUGAAGGCCCUAAAAGACUUGAAUCUUCCCUGAAAAAGCUUAGGUUAAAUAUGAUUGGAGUUAAGAGAAAAGAUUUCAAGACCUAUACAGAAGAUGAAAUUCAUCAAGAGAAGAGAAACGUAAAGAACGAACUUAAGUAUUACGAUAGCGCCUUUAUUAAAAUUUUUGCAAGACCACCAGCAAGAGAGGACAAGGAGCCAAUGAGACCACUUUAUAUGUAUUACCAGAAUCUAAGAAAAGCUAUCCAGAAGAAAGCUUAUGCUAAAGGAUCCUCUGAUAAUGGGAAAAAGUCGAGACCUUCAUCUGUAGAUAGUUCCGGUGGAUUCUCAGUGGGAUCUGUCACCUCCAAUAUUUCAGGCUCAAGUAUUGGAGAUGCUAUCCCUGAAAGCAAGGUUGGGGUAUCCACCUCUAAAUUCCCAUUCACCGAAGAAGAAGCGAAGAAGGGUCCUCCACUAGAACUAAUGGCAAGAAUGGGCAUGGAUAACGAGAGAGAUCUCAAAAAGCAGAUCCAUGACUUUAUGAAAGAGAGGAAGCACUUGAGGAAGGUUCUAGACAUGUUCCAAAAAGACUUUCUCAAGACAUACAACAGAAAGCUCCGCUUCACUAAAGAUAUAUCACCUGUAGCAUCUGAAUUUAAGAGAUAUAAAGAGCUUAAAAAGGAAAUAGCUAAGUUGGAGAACAUUCUAACCAACCUCAAAAAGAAGUCUGUAAAAUAA